GCCCGCCCACGUCAUCCCCAGGCAGCAGAGGGCCGGGGGUUCCCCGCUGGCUGGCGCGCGCCCCCGGGGGGCGGGGCCGGGGCCGGUCCCCCUUGGCGCGCGGCCGCGCACGUGUGUGCGCGCUAUCGCGCGUCGUCCCGGCCAUGGCGGAGCGCGACGAGCGCCGCUUCGUGGAGCUGCCCCGCGAGUCCGUGCGGCUCAUGGCCGAGAGUGCGGGGCUGGGCCCGGAGCUGCCCGACGACGUGGCCGCGCUGCUGGCCGAGGACGUCUGCUACCGCCUGCGCGAGGCCGCCCAGAACAGCUCCCAGUUCAUGAAGCACACCAAGCGGCGCAAGCUGACGGUAGAGGAUUUCAACCGGGCGCUGCGCUGGAGCAAUGUAGAGGUGAUCUGCGGCUACGGCUCCCAGGACGCGCUGCCCUUCCGGCCGGUCAAGGAGGGGGAGCUGUACUUCCAGGAGGACCGGGAGGUCAACCUGGUGGAGCUGGCCCUGGCCACCAACAUCCCCAAGGGCUGCGCCGAGGCGGCCGUCAGAGUGCACGUCUCCUACCUGGAUGGGAAAGGGAACCUGGAGCCUCAGGGAAGCGUGCCCAGCGCUGUCUCCACACUCACGGACGACCUGCUGAACUACUACCAGCACGUGACGCGGGCCGUGCUGGGUGACGACCCCCAGCUGAUGAAGGUCGCCCUCCAGGACCUCCAGACCAACUCCAAGAUCGCGGCGCUGUUGCCCUACUUCGUCUACGUGGUCAGCGGGGUGAAGUCGGUCAGCCAUGACCUGGAGCAGCUGAGCCGGCUGCUGCACAUCGCGCGGAGCCUGAUCCAGAACCCGUACGUGUGCCUGGGCUCCUACGCGCGCAGCCUCAUUGCCAGCGUCACCUACUGCGUCCUGGAGCCGCUGGCUGCCUCCAUCAACCCCCUCAACGACCACUGGACCCUGCGCGACUAUGCUGCCAUGCUGCUCAGCCACAUCUUCUGGACACACGGCGACCUGGUGAGUGGGCUCUACCACCAGAUCCUGCUGUCGCUGCAGAAGGUGCUGGCUGACCCUGUGCGCCCGCUCUGCUCCCACUACGGAGCUGUCGUGGGGCUGCACGCACUGGGCUGGAAGGCGGUGGAGCGGGUGCUGUACCCCCAUCUCUCCACCUACUGGGCCAACCUCCAAGCCGUGCUGGAUGACUACUCAGUCUCCAACGCCCAGGUGAAGGCUGACGGGCACAAGGUCUAUGGUGCCAUCCUGGUGGCCGUGGAGCGUCUGCUCAAGAUGAAAGCGCAGGCGGCCUCAGCCCAGCCCCCGACCGAGGGCUCCCGGCCCCGGCCCGAUGCCUCGCCCUGUCCCAGCCCCGGCCAGGACCCCCCCACGGAGCCUGGCUUCGGCAUCGCCACCCACCUGCUGCAGCUGGGGGGGCCCCCAAACGCCGGCACCACCCCCCCACCGCCGGCCGUGCCCCUGUGCGACGCCUACCGCGAGCUCUACGCCUUCUUUGGCGACAGCCUGGCCACCCGCUUCGGCACCGGCGUGGGGCCGCGUCCCCCCCAGCCGCCCGCUCCUGGCCCCCGCACCCCCGAGGCCAGGAAGGAGGUGCCAGCACCGCCGGGCACGGGGGACGCCGGCCGUAAGAUGCCGCAGCUCACGGCCAAUGCCACCGUCAGCCCCCGGGAUGAGGAGCCCCCCCGGGCCGAGCGCCCCGCGCCCCCCCGGCCGGCUGCAGCCCCUCGUGCCCGCGGCACGCCCCGGCAGCCCGGGCACCGGCCCGGUGUGCGCGACGUCUUCCAGAAGAGCCGCCUGGCGCCGCGGGGGGCUCCGCGCUUCAGCUUCGUCAUUGCGGGUCGCCAGGCCGGGCGGCGCUGCCCCGGUCGCCUCUUCCAGACCUGCUUCCCCCAGCACCACGGGCCCGGCCACGUGUCCCGCUAUGCCCAGAAGCUGCCCAUGAUCGGCCGCACGGCCCGGCCCCUGCGCAAGUGGCGGCUCUCCGAGUACUCCCUCUACCUGCCCCUCUGAGCCCUGCGCCCUGGGGGGCAUCGGCCUUUCCCGGCGCCCCCCCAGGGGGCUGGUGCUUGAAUAAAGACACAGCGGCCGCCAGGGCCCAGGACCUGU